UACGCUACCAGCCUUCAGAAGCCCUGCCUGUGCCAGAUGCCUCGAUAAAGGUCAGAGGGGCGUGACUCACCUGUGAGGAGUGUGUUGUCACCGCCAGCUCUGGGCAGGACAGUCCCACCUGUGGUGUCCCAAUUUCCAGGGCAGAUGCUCAGCUGGCUCGGAUUGGCUGCACUGGCUCCCACCUUGGCACGGAUUGGCCAAGCCUUCCGCCUCCUCUGUCUCAUCUUCCUGGGGCACUGGCACUGCCCGGCUGCAGCUCCUCCACACUGACCACAGAGGGACCGGAGGAUGCCCACGCAUCAGCACUUGGUCGAUAAGAUGAGGAGACACUCCUGCUUUGUUUUUUUGUUCUGUGGGAUAUUUUUGCCUGGAAUCCUUGGUUAUCCACAGACAAAUACCUCAAUUGAUUGUGAUUCUCUGUUACCAAACUAUGAAGCUGAACCACAGACAUCUGCACCACCAUAUAUUAUUGCUGUAUCUUUUGAUAGCUUUGAGCCAGGAAAUGAAGUCCAAGUAACUCUAGAAGCACUUGGAGAUGCUGGGUUUAAAGGAUUUAAUCUACAAGCUCGAGAAAUAGAUGGAGAUGUUCCUGUUGGUACUUUUAAAAUUACAGAUCCAAACACUAAAGGCUUGGAAUGUCAUAACGUGACGAAUUCAGCAGUAAGUCAUGCCAAUUCAGAUGUGAAACAGAAGAUUACAACAACAUGGAUUUCUCCACAUAAUGUUAGAGAGCUUCAAUUUAUUGCAACUGUUGUUCAAAAUCUAGAGAACUUUUGGGUUGGAAUUCAAAGUAAAACUCUCACACCUACGCAUUCUGAGUCAGUUAACGUGACAGGAAAAAGUAAAAGGAAGUUUAUGAUAGAAUUAGAAUGCAACAAGCGUGGAGGGACCUACUCAACAGGCCGGUGCAUCAUGGUUGGACCUUCCAGUUCCUCUCAGAGCACCUAUUCAGGCAGUCAGGGUGGAGUAGUCUACACAAUAAGCAAGAGUGGAUGUGGCCCUGGAGGUGCUGCUGCUGCAUACAGCCAACAAGCCUGCAGAGAUAGUGCAUCUUUAUCCAGCAGUGGUCUUACUUAUGGCCAGUCUGUCCCUUCAAGCAGUUCAGAUUCCAGUAAGAAGGUAGUGGUUGUUGCCAACAGCAACCCUUUUCCACCUGUGCGUCACACCUUCCCUCAGAGUUUGGGAAGCUCUGCUACAAGGAUCAUAGUACAGGUAGACAUUUUUUUCUCCAUUAUACUUGAGUUUUAA